AUGAAUUCCAGCGUCGACGUCGAUGGCUGGGAGUACAAGACUGUAAACAUAGCCGAAUACGGUGGCGAGUUGGACGAUCAUGAUGUCCCCGAGGGCGCUCUUCUUCGGCGUACGCCUGGUAAAAACAUGAGUUUCCGAGACAUAGGGGCUGUGGCUUCGAAGUCAAAGUUAAGCUUAAGACUCGGAGUCACCAUGUCGACCUACACAUCUGGUCUUGUUCGUGUGCUCCUGAGGUUUUCCCGCAUCCUAGGGAUUGCUUUCACAAAAGCCAUGGGGAAAUCCGAGGGCCUGAGCAAGCUGGUUGUAAGGAUCGACGACAUGGCCCCAGCUCUUAGGUAA